AUGACUAACUCUCGUGAGAACGAAAAUCCGAUUAACGGCAAAAUUGAUAGCUUGCUGAAAAAAAUAAACGAAUUAAAUUUAGAGACUGCUACUAAUGAAAGAAUCAAUUUCCAUUAUCGAUAUAUAAACAGUCAACAAAAAGAAUCCAAAGAGAAUGACUCAAAGAAAACGACUUCCUCAGAUGAAGAUUCCCAACGAUACCUUCCUCUUCCUAUUCCAUCAAACAGGAUAGAUAGAUCAUCUUCAUUAUCUGCAGAAAAAAAGGUUUUCACUCUGAUGAAAUUAAGCCAUAACAAUAACGAUAACGAUAAGAAUUCUUUGGUCAAUGCAAAUACAUCAUCGGUACAAGAUUUCAAAAAAGAUCACGAUACUUCCCUUCUAUAUCGAUAUAUGAUAUCCUCGCCGUUAAUUGAGAGUGAAUGGGAAUUCACACAGAAUAUGAAAAGUAUCAUCAAAAAAAUAUUGGCUACUGAUAAAUAUAAAAAAAUCUACGGCAAUUGGGCAUGUUCAUCCUGUGGAAUGGAAUGUCAAAAAGAAUAUCAUGCGACAGAACUUGUAGAGAUUCUAAAGAAAACGUCAAGAGACAUUUUCGCCAAACGUUGUAAAAAUUGCUUUCUUACGAAAAUAAUUUCCAGUUUUCGCUUAUACAUUCUGCCACCGGGAACUCAAGAUGUUCAGAAUUAUGGUAUAAUUUUUACAGAGUCUUCGGCUACUGGAGAUGUUCACACUGUGAAAGAAGCCACAGGAGUUGAUUUAGAAACAAACGAGGAUUAUUACAUGCAAAAAUGCAAUAGUUGUAAGGGGAUCAAAGAUAAUAUAAGAAGCUAUAUUGUGCACUACGAGCCUCUUGUAUUAUCAUCUGGUGGAUCUGAACAUAAACGAGUAUUAUGCGCAAAAUGCCAAAGUGGCUCUCGUUGUGGUAGAACUGGCACUUAUUUUGGUUAUAAUUCUAAUUAG